UCCGACCUUUGUUCUGGGCAAAGUCUUGUCUUUGCAACAGAAGCAUGAGAGGCAACCAGACAUGGAUCACGGAGGUCAGCCUGCUGGGAUUCCAAGUUGACCCAGCCCUGGAGUGCUUCCUCUUUGGGCUUUUCUCUCUCUUUUAUUUAUUCACUUUACUGGGAAAUGGGGUCAUUCUUGGAAUAAUAUGUCUGGACCCCAGACUGCAUACACCCAUGUACUUCUUCCUCUCACACCUGGCUACUGUUGAUAUGGCCUAUGCAUCCAACAAUGUCCCCAAGAUGCUGGAAAAUCUUGUGAAUCAAAGAAGAAUCAUUUACUUCAUUCCAUGCUUAAUGCAGACAUUCUUGUAUUUGGCUUUUGCUCACAUCGAGUGCCUGAUUUUAGUGGUGAUGUCCUAUGAUAGGUAUGUGGCCAUCUGCCACCCCCUGUACUACACCAUCAUCGUGAACUGGAGACUGUGUACCAUCCUGGCUGCCACUUCCUGGAUAUUCAGUUUUCUCUUGGCUCUGGUACAUUUAGUUCUCAUCCUGAGGCUGCCCUUCUGUGGGCCUCAUGAAAUCAACCACUUCUUCUGUGAAAUCCUGUCUGUCCUCAAGCUGGCCUGUGCUGACACAACACUCAACAAAACUGUCAUCUUUGCAGCCUGUGUGUUCAUCUUAGUAGGGCCCCUCUGCUUGGUGCUCAUCUCCUACACCCGCAUCCUGGUGACCAUCCUGAGGAUCCAGUCCCGUGUGGGCCGCAGGAAGGCCUUCUCCACCUGCUCCUCCCACCUCUGUGUGGUCGGGCUCUUCUUUGGCAGUGCCAUCAUCAUGUACAUGGCCCCCAAGUCCCGCCAUCCUGAGGAGCAGCAGAAGAUCCUUUCACUGUUUUACAGCCUUUUCAAUCCCAUGUUGAACCCCCUGAUCUACAGCCUGAGGAACACUGAGGUCAAGGGUGCCCUAAGAAGGGUACUGUGGAAAGAGAGAUCAGUGUGAGAAACCUCA